AUGUCGAGCGGCUUGCACAACAUUGGCAAAGUGUCAUCGUCGGAUCCAUUGCUGAUUUACUUGCCACCGUAUUGGGACGCAUUAACAGAAACCGCACCGCAAGUGCCGUCCUUUUUGCGUAGAUAUCCCACGGCCGUCAUCAACUAUAGGUGGUAUGGUUUCCAUCCCUUUGAGGAGGUCGAACCACCAAAGGCAGAGGUGCAGAACUCUGGGGAUCCCGAGGCACCGACGUUGCACAAUUGGCCUUUUCCUGUUCAUGACACUUUGAACGCGUACAGCUGGAUCGUUGAACACCUGGCACCGUCGGACUCGACGCGUCGCGAUGUCUAUGUCUACGGCUCCUACCUGGGUGCCUCUUUGGCAACAUCACUGGCCUUGACCGAGAGUCACCCUCACCAGCGCAUGGCUGUGCGCGGCUGUGUUGCUUUCAACGGCAUCUACAAUUGGACCAUGUUUCUCCCUGAUCACCAAAUCAAUAAGAAAUCAGGCGCCAGGGCGGCAAACGUUCUCGAGGAGAUUCUGGGGCAGCCCACCGAUCCUUCAUUCCAGGACCUGAAGCAGCACAUCUCUAGCCUUUUUGGCGAACCAAGCCACCUAUUUGACCCCUUUGUCAGCGCGUGUCUCUUUUUCCAGACGGCCGGACUGCUGGUGCCGCAGGACUUUGACGUCUCGGCCGACCCCGUUGCCACCAUGCUGGGGUCCUAUGCGCCUGCGGCGUCCGAGGAGGCACAGGAGGCCAUCAAGUCCUUGCUCUUGGUAAUGGCUGAUAAACCUCCGCGCAAGAGCGCCUUGGCCUUUCCGCCACGCAAGUCGACCCUCAAGUUACCUGACACGCUGCUGCUGCAUACCGCUCUGCCGCCAUUGCCUGCGGCGUUUCAGAGGCGACGGAGGAAACCUGUUGCAACGAAUCAUUUCAAGACUCAGGCGGACGAGCUGGCGGCGUUGAUGCGGAGAAGCCUCGAAAAGAUUGAGUUGAGGGAUCGGUCCAAAUGGGAUCAUGAUCUUGACGAGUACUUGGAGGUGGACAGGAGAGUGCAACUGUUCAACGUUGGAAAGGAUGAGCGCCCAUUCGAGAUACCCAAUUAUGGAGAGGCGGUUGCGCGCGACUGGCUGGAGGAUAGAAUGUCCAGGUGA